CUUUCAGCACACCCAGUCAUUUCUUUGACCCUCUCUGGUCUACCCACGUUUGCUCGCUUUAAACCCUCGUUUUUCCAGGCUCUGAAAGCCACUUCCACUCCACUCGAGCAUCGUCUCGAGCUCUAUUAGGCAACGAGCCCUCGACACCAUGGCGGACAGCGAGAGCGACACUGACGGCGCGGGCAGUAGCAGCAGCUCCGCUACACCGCAGUCCUCCGCCGCCGCAUCUAACACCACUAUGAACACCACGAACACCACCACCAAAGCGCAGGGCGUCCUGAUCUCCCAGUCCCGGCUGGAGGAGCUGACAAACCGUCUCGCUUCACUGCAACAGGAGAAUAAAGUGUUGAAGAUCGAGCUCGAAACGUUCAAGCUGAAGUGCAAAGCGCUGCAGGAGGAGAACCGCGACCUGCGCAAAGCCAGCGUCACCAUCCAAGCGCGGGCUGAACAGGAAGAGGAAUUCAUCUCCAACACUUUAUUUAAGAAGAUUCAGGCUCUGCAAAAGGAGAAAGAGACACUUGCUGUCAACUAUGAGAAAGAAGAGGAGUUCCUCACCAAUGACUUGUCCAGGAAACUCAUGCAGCUUCAGCAUGAAAAGGCUGAGUUGGAACAGCACUUGGAGCAGGAGCAGGAGUUCCAGGUCAAUAAACUGAUGAAGAAGAUAAAAAAACUGGAGAAUGACACCAUCUCUAAGCAGCUCACUCUAGAACAGCUCCGGCGUGAGAAAAUUGAUCUGGAAAACACUCUGGAACAAGAGCAGGAGGCACUAGUAAACCGUCUCUGGAAACGCAUGGACAAACUCGAGGCUGAGAAAAGGAUUCUGCAAGAGAAGCUUGACCAGCCAGUGUCGGCCCCGUCCUCUCCUCGGGAAGUUUCCAUGGAGAUUGACUCUCCUGAGAACAUGAUGCGGCACAUUCGCUUCCUGAAGAGUGAAGUGGAGAGGCUGAAACGCAGCCUCCGCACAACUGAUCUACAGCACACAGAAAAACGGGCUCAGUACAUAGAAGAGGAAAGGCAGAUGAGGGAAGAGAACAUUCGUCUUCAGAGAAAACUCCAGAGAGAGAUGGAGAGAAGGGAGGCGCUGUGUAGACAGCUGUCAGAGAGUGAGAGCAGCCUUGAGAUGGAUGACGAGAGAUAUUUUAAUGAGAUGUCUGCUCAGGGACUUAGAGCUCGUACAGUGUCCAGCCCGAUUCCCUACACCCCCUCUCCCUCUUCCAGCCGCCCCAUCUCUCCGGGUUUGUCAUACACAAGUCACACUAUUGGUUUCACUCCUCCAGCAACGCUUAGCCGAGCUCCACUCCCCCACUACACUUCUCCUGGGCUACACAUCCACCCAGGAUCCUCACACGCUGUACAGAGGCCAUCUCCAAGGAGAAGUACCAGCCCGGAUAAGUUCAAGCGUCCAACACCACCUCCCUCCCCCAACACACACUCUGGGGCACAACACCCUCCUCCUCCACCGCCGCCCACACAGCCGAUGGUUCAGUCCUGCUCCUCCCACUCUGUGACAUCACAGCAUCCCCCCUCUCAGCCUUAAUGCAUACACCAUGCACUACCUUAAGCUAGGCUGCUCCAAGCUAGGCGACACUACUACUACUAUUACUACUACUACUACAAGUGUUCCUCCACUGGGCAAAGGUUGGAGAUUGGAGCGGAAAUGGAAGUUGAGAAUUAGAGUACUGGGACAGUUGAACGAAAGGACUCUGAUUGUGAAAAAGGAGAAUGUGUAGAUGCUCAACAGACUGAAUGACCCAUUAUCAGCCCCAUGCCUUUAAUUUUGUUAUUCUUACUGUUUUUCUGAAAAAUUAUUAAGCUGGUUUGGGAAAGGUUUUAAAGAUCAUUUGAAAGGGUUGUCAAGUAUGUCAGCUGCACGUGUCUAAAUUUUGUUUGCGUAACGUUCUUGGUCUGGCCACUGCCCCCGUUAAAUCUCAGCUGUUUUAAACAAUUGACUGCUAUAUUUUCCUUGUAAUAAUUAAAUGCUGUCGUUAGUGAAGAACUCAAUUGGAUAAA